CCUCUGCCUAUUUAUUUGCGGGAGAAUGGACAGGUAGUGGAAUAUUUUGUGCGGUACAUACCUGUAGAAAGAUCGAUCGCCCACAAGCUGCGGUAACGUCCACCGAUGAGGGCAGAAACCUCCUCACUUGAGGGCCACGCUCUGUCCUACAAGAUGAACUGCUUGGAAAACGACAUCAAUCAACACUUCCAGGACGCCAUCGACGUCCUUCAGCAGCAUUCCAAUAUGCCCUACUAUGACUCAGAGUAUGCAUACUACGAGACUUUGGCUCCCCAGCAGCCGUCCCUGCAGUGCCAGAUCUCCUACUGCCUGGUCACCCCCCACCCUGAGGUCCCAGCACCCAUAUAUGACUGGAGUGACACCGGCCUGCAAGCGCAGCAGCAGCAGCAGCAGCAGACGUGGUCUCAGAUGAUCCCUGAAGCCUCCUUAGGGGACUCGGUGCAAACUGAACCUGCUCACGUCUACUCCCAACUUCCGUCGCAAAGGAAUAACAAAGGUCGCAAGAAGCUCCGACUGUACGAGUACCUCCACGAGGCCCUCAACGAUCCCGACAUGGGCGACUCCAUCCAGUGGAGCGACAGCACCAGCGGAACCUUCCACUUCAUCUCCAAGAACAAAGAAAGGCUGGCCGUGUCCUGGGGCCAACGCAAGGGCAACCGCAAGGCCAUGACCUAUCAGAAGAUGGCGCGGGCCCUGCGCAAUUACAGGCACACGGGUGAGAUCAUCAAGGUCCGCCGCAAGCUCACCUACCAGUUCAACCCGGACAUCCUGCACCGGCUGGGCUCUGGACAGGCGCACAGGACCCGGCAGCCGAGCCCGGCCAGACGAAGCUACUGUGGCUCUGCGGCGCCGGACUGGCAGAACUGGUACGCGCCAUACCAGGUGCAGGACUACGAGCAGGCCACAAGCUUCAACUCGCAUUGCUGAAAGACUUUUCAGUCGAUACAUUUCACCAACAAGAUUAGUGAAAAAUAAAUGUGAAAUAUAUAUAUUUUUUGAAGCAAAGUGUCAUGCAAAUGGAUCAGACUGCACUUUAAGUAGAAAUAACUGCAAAUAACAACAAAAAUGACAUUAAACACUAGAAACAGGCUUUUGCCUGUUUGCUCAAAUUGGAUUUGAAAUUAUUUAAAUCCUUCAAAAAUUGUAAAAUUUUGUGGACGUAUUCAUCCAACUUUUGCGCUCUUAAUACGCCGAUGAUAUUGGAGCCUUGAGAAUUGGCUGAUUCCAAUAUUUAACCAAUACAAAAUACCCUAUUAUUUUGCAGUGUUGAAUGUUAGAAAAGGUUUGAUUAAGUGAAAUUAGUAAUUUAGAGAACAAGAGUUGGUAAGAAAAAUGCUAAUCUAUCGUACUUUCCGGACCAUAGGGCGCACUGCUGAUGAAUGGUCUAUUUUCGAUCUUUUUUCAUAUAUAAGGCGCACCGGAUUAUAAGCCUUUGUAAGCCUUUGUAGUCCUUUGUCGCCACAGACUACAAAGGCGGACUCGCGCAAUAUUUCAAGAUUUAUGCAGAUCCCAAAUACAGAUCAGCAUUUACCAGAAGGUAAGAAAAUGGUUUGUGCAGCCCUUUGAGACACUAGUGAUUUAGGGCUGUAUAAGUAAACAUUGAUUGAUUGAUUGAAGAAAAUAACUUUUGCAGAAUUUUGCGGAAAAAAAACACCAGAUAAUAUGUCUUACCUUAUACACACACCAUAAUAAUACUCGUGUGUUUAAUGGGCCAACAAUCCAUCAAGAGGUGCGGCUUCAUAGCUUACCAAAGUCUUACUAAAAUAUUUUGAUAGAUUUUUGAGCACCGUGCGUAAUGUUCUAUAUUUUCAAUGGAACGUAUAAAAUGUUGGUGUUGUUUACUUGAGUCAUACUGCCAUCAUAGUGAAGUCUACAUGUAUAUAUUAUGUUUGACUGCCAUCUACUGGUCACACUUAUCAUUACACCAUAAAAUUGCUUCAAGGUCGGUAAGCACAACCAGAAUUAUUCAAUACAUUAGGUGCACUGUCGAGUUUUUAGGAAAAAAAGGAUUUUAAGUGUGCCUUAUCGUCAGGAAAAUACAAUAUUUAUCAUUAACCGUCUGGAAUGGACUUAUGUUGUCUUUAAGUUAAAGUGGAGUCGUAAUUUGUUUUGGCGACACCUAGUGGCCACAAUAAUUCAUGACGUUAACCUCAUGAAAACGCAGUAAAUUGAAUGAUGCAAACACAAUUGUUACUGAAUACUUUCUAAUGUCUAUUAAGAAUAAGUAUCUUACUCAUGAUUUGAGUCAGAAUCAACUUUCUCAAUAUGUUAUUUAGUAUGUCAAUAAUUAGGUGUCCUGAUACAACAUUUUCACUUCCGAUAUAAUACCGAUAUUAACUUGAGUAUUGUAUAUUAAUCUAAUAUGAUAUUAGCACAAACCAUAGAACGGAACAUGCGAAACAAUUGUAGUUAUGAAAAACACUAACAUUAUGACAGAUUUAUGUUUCGGAAACGGAGCGUUUUUUGUUUUGUUUUUUGGCGACGUCUAGUAAAGUUAGUUAAGUUAAACAGUGAGUUGAAUGAUGCAGACACGUUUGUUACUGAAUACUUUCUGAUAUACUGCCUUGGAGACUUUGUAUGUGUAAGUAAUUUGCAACUAUGAUAAUUUGAUACUUGUUUAUAUUGACAAAUGUGCUGUUUUAGACUGCAAUAUUGAUCAAUGAAGGACACUUAUUACAUAUUACAUAUUAUAUAUAUAUAUUACAAAAAAAGUCUGCGGGCUGUAGAGCUUUUUCCGUUCGGGCUCCAGUACUCUGGAAUGCCCUCCCGGUAACAGUUCGAGAUGCCACCUCAGUAGAAGCAUUUAAGUCUCACUUUAAAACUCAUUUGUAUGCUCUAGCCUUUAAAUAGACUCCCUUUUUAGACCAGUUGAUCUGCCGUUUCUUUUCUUUUUCUUCUAUGACCCACUCUCCUUUGUGGAGGGAGUCCGGUCCGAUCCGGUGGCCAUGUACUGCUCGCCUGUGUAUCGGCUGGGGACAUCUCUGCGCUGCUGGUCCGCCUACGCUUGGGAUGGUUUCCUGCUGGCUCCGCUGUGAACGGGACUCUCGCUGCUGUGUUGGAUCCGCUUUGGACUGGACUCUCGCGACUGUGUUGGAUCCAUUAUGGAUUGAUCUUUCACAGUAUCAUGUUCUCAUAGUCAUCAUUGUCACCGAUGUCCCACUGGGUGUGAGUUUUCCUUGCCCUUAUGUGGGCCUACCGAGGAUGUCGUAGUGGUUUGUGCAGCCCUUUGAGACACUAGUGAUUUAGGGCUAUAUAAGUAAACAUUGAUUGAUUGAUUGAUUGAUAUGUCUAGCUUGUGUGCUAUUAUGUGCUCAGCUCUUGUGUAGCCGCUGGCUUCUAGUAACUUAUAGUCUGCCAUAUUUACAUUUUGUAAAUGACUUCACUAAAAUAGAAGAAGAAAACAACAACAACAACCUUGUGUGCUUAUUGGAAGAUAUUUAGAUGUUAACUGACUGUCCAGCUUUCCACAAGUAAACAUUCUGCAGGACUGCUUGUAUCAGAGCUGAUAUUAGUCAUCUUACAUAAAAGCUGAUAUCAUCCGAUCCUUUUUUUUUUUUUUUUUAUGAUAUCAGAACAAUAUCAAUAUCGGAUCUGAACACCCCUACAUAUUUAUGUUACUUUUUUCAGAACUGUACUUUAAGUUUAUUUAAAAAAAAAAAAAAAAAAAAAAAGAAUAUAUAAGAAGCAGCUGAUAUUCACACUUUAGUCAUGUCCCUGGGUUGUUACUCAGCCCUGUUACCAUAACACAUUUAAUCAACACUUCACAUGGUCCACAGGAAGUUGUAUCAUUCAGAAUCCGAAGGUAAGUUCACUGCUUAUUUUUUUUUUUGCAUAUUUCAAUGACUGAAGGUUAACAUCUCAACACAGUGUUGUUACCUGAUAUGUUUUUCUAAUGUUAUCUGUUUAUGUUUCGUGCCAACAAUCCUUUAGCAUAAUGAGUAUAUAUCAUGGAUCGUCUAAAAACUCAUUCCUGUCACUUUCAGUUCUGUUACUCAAAUGAAUCAUCUUCGUCAUAAGGAUUCUUGUACAAAAAUGAAAUAAAAAUGCCUGAGAUGGGCUAAUAUG